AGAGAGAGAGAGAGAGAGACGUGUACAGAUAGUCGUGUUACAACCAAAGUUUCUGCUGACUUGUGUAUCAGCUCGGGAGAUUGGCGCAUUGUCUCCUCCUACUAGCUGGACCGUAAUUCAAUUACACACAACUUUCGAAGACGUGUUCCAUGCACGGCAACAUGUGGCCGGCGUGUGGAAUGAGAAGACAUUCUACGACGUUGAAGAUUGUGUUGGCGGUCUCGACCGGUCUUGCGUAUUUGUAUAGUGCCGGAUACGAGAUAUGUACGAUCUCAGCACUUUCGUUGAUCUUUCUGGGACUGGCUUAUCGGUAUUAUCAGCUGUGUGUUCAGGAGAAAUUAAACACGCAGCAUCUCAUAGUCAUAACCGGCUGCGAUUCCGGUCUGGGAUAUAGCCUGGCGUUUCACUGUCGGGCUCUUGGCGCGACAGUUUUGGCGGGAGUGCUGUAUCCCGAUAGUCAGGCUGCCCAAAGUCUGACGGAGAGCAAAGUUAUCGUUCAUCGCCUUGACAGCACCAAUGAAGAGAGCAUCGAGCAAUUUGCGAAAUACAUCAAGACCUUAUGCGUCGAGAAAAAAUGUGACCUAUAUGCGUUGAUAAACAACGCCGGAGUGAUGAUCUUCGGCGAAUUCGAUUGGCAGACGCAGCAGCAGGUGAAGAAUCAGGUAGCGGUGAAUCUCGUAGGGACAAUGAGAGUCACGCAGAUCCUCAUGCCGGUUAUACUAUCGAACAAAAGCAGAAUCAUCGUGAUAAGCAGCCACUGCGCCGAAGAAUUCUUACCGGGUUUGAGCGUAUACGGAGCAACGAAAGCCGCCCUCCGCGCUUGGUCCAUCUCCCUUCGGGUAGAGCUCGCCAAGUACGGUGUCAAAGUGAUCUCCUUCAUACCCGGUAACUUUACGGGAGAAAGCAACAUCAUGGCACGUCAACGGCAGUACUUCAACGAGAUGAAGCGAUCGAUGAAGUCCGAAGCGAUGGUCUUUUACGACGACUAUUUCACUCGAUACGUAGAGUAUUAUUCUUCCGUCGCGGGACAAAACGAUUUGAAGCGCGUGACGAAUUCCGGUAUUUACGAGAUUUUCGACAACGCUCUCCUCGACGUUUACCCAUCGGCGAUUUACAAAUGGGAAUCGUGGAAAUAUUUUUUCUAUUAUGCAUCGUUCAAGUACACACCAACGUGUGUACGUGAUCGAUUGAUAAAUAGAUUCGUGAAGCCUCCCUCUUGGCACAAGUCGACCAUCGACCUAUGAUCCACCAUCGUAGACAUAUGUCGAGUGCCUUGAGAUUUUUCGCGCUCGAUACUGGUGCACAAUGCUCGAAAACAGUAAAUACAGCUGGGUGUGAAUGAAUCAGUGUCAAUAAAUUAUCAGCAGUUGUCUCUUCACCUGAUUAUCUAUUUCUGUUAUUAAGCCUGGUUGCUACACGUUUCUCAUCGCUUUUGUACAGAGUCAUUCAAAACAAGCAGGAUUCUUGGGACCGAGUCAGGACCGAAAACUGGCGAUUAAUUAACAAUUUCAUUAUAAAAUCAUGAUUUUGUGUCAUAAGUGAAAUUUGAAGAAAAAACAUAUGUAUGUAGGGAAGUUGAGGUGCACAAAGUAUGCAAAAUUAAUAUUUUUUUAAAAAUAACAGUGAUGUGUUGCAUCUCUCUUUUUCUCUUUCUUCCCACACACACACACACACACACACACGCAAUAUGUAUAUAAUGCGUGUUUUGGAGAAAUGUGGACGAUUUGUGGAUGAACGUUUCAAUUGUUUACAGAUGUAAUUUCAAUAUUGAUAGAUGUAAGAGAUACGAUCCGAGUAUGAUGUGCAGUGUCACUUAUGAAAUAAGACAAUAUUAAGAAAUAUUAUUGUAUAUAUCAUUACAUUGUGAAUAACAACAAGAGCGAGACAUACAGGGUAAUUGCAGAAAAAUAUUUAUAGUGUUUCUACAUAUAACUGUGUGUCAACAUAUAACUUAUACACGCGAUAAUUUUUUUUUGCUUAGAAAGCAACGGAAAAAUAAUCACCGUAACAUAUGUCUUUUUUUACAAAAGUAUUUUACGAAACUGUUGUCGGAGUUAUUUUCAGGUACAACUAAGUAAUCUCGCAAAUAACUGGAGAUCGUUGGACGAACCGAAGCAUUAAUCGCGGUAAAAAUGUGCCAUACGUAUCUGCCAAUUCUAUUUAUCAGAAUCAACGACUGUCACUUGAUUGCUUGUGGAACGUCAAUUGUUUGUUCAAGCACAAUGAAGCACAAUGAAGCCACGAAGACCGAUAAGCUGCACAAACUUGCAACAUCAGCACAGGUGUUAACUCUCGAUUGCCACGGAUGCUUGAAUUUAUUUUUUUCGAUCCUGUGCUUAUCGCUUUUUAGGGCUGGCAGGUGUUUGAUUAGAUAUUAACAGGCGGAAGAUAUAAAUAGUCGGCUCGCGCUGAUGG